GUGGACCUUUCAGGUCCUGCCACAGGGGUACGUGCAUUCACCAACAUAUUGUCACAAUCUAGUGGCACGUGACCUGGCUGAUUGGACAAAACCUGAUGAUGUUAACCUAUAUUGAUGAUCUCCUGUUGACAUCCGACUCACUGGAGGCAGUAGGACAGGCAGCAGAUUCAUUAACUGCCUAUUUACAACAGAGGGGGUGGGCUAUAAAUCCCCAAAAGGUGCAAGGUCCAGGCCUGUGCGUAAAAUUCCUGGGGGUGGUUUGGUCAGGAAAGACCAAAGUGCUACCCAGUGCUGUUAUAGAUAAGGUUCAGGCGUUCCCAGUCCCUACAACAUCAAAGCAGCUGCAAGAGUUUCUAGGUAUAUUGGGUUAUUGGCGUUCCUUUAUACCUCACCUAGCGCAGCUGCUAAGGCCAUUAUACAGACUCACAAAAAAGGGGCAGCUAUGGGACUGGGGGAAAGCCGAACAGGAUGCUUUCCAACAAGCAAAACUGGCAGUUAAACAAGCUCAGGCAUUGGGUAUAUUCGAUCCUACCCUCCCAGCCGAGUUGGACGUUCAUGUUACUCAAGAUGGCUUCGGUUGGGGCCUGUGGCAGCGCCAGAGUUCUGUUCGGACCCCCAUUGGUUUCUGGUCUCAGGUUUGGCACGGAGCAGAAGAAAGAUACAGUAUGAUUGAAAAACAGUUAUUGGCUGCCUAUUCGGCAUUACAGGCAGUAGAGCCAAUAACUCAGACAGCUGCAGUUAUAGUCAAGACCACUCUGCCAAUUCAGGGGUGGGUGAAGGAUCUGACCCACCUUCCUAAGACAGGGGUGGCCCAAGCACAAACAGUGGCACGAUGGGUCGCCUAUCUCAGCCAAAGGAGCAGUCUGUCUUCAUCCCCCUUGAAAGAAGAACUUCAGAAGAUCCUAGGCCCAGUUACAUAUCACAGUGAUGCACCAAAAGAAAUACUGGUCGCUCCACCAGAGAAGAGUCCCGUUCACGAGGGAAAAUAUCCUAUCCCUGAAGAUGCCUGGUACACAGAUGGGUCCAGCAAGGGCAACCCGAGCAAGUGGAGAGCAAUAGCAUACCAUCCUUCCACCGAGACAAUCUGGUUCGAUGAGGGGGAUGGUCAGAGCAGCCAAUGGGCAGAACUGCGAGCCGUGUGGAUGGUUAUAACCAAGGAACCCGGUGAUGGUAUCCUGAACAUCUGCACAGAUAGUUGGGCUGUGUACCGGGGGCUCACUCUCUGGAUUGCACAGUGGGCCACCCAGGAAUGGACUAUCCACGCCCGACCGAUCUGGGGCAAAGACAUGUGGUUAGAUAUAUGGAAUACGGUCAAACACAGGACUGUACGUGUCUACCAUGUUUCUGGUCAUCAGCCCCUACAGUCACCGGGAAACGAUGAAGCCGACACAUUGGCCCGAGUUCGAUGGAUUGAGAAUUCACCAUCUGAGAACAUCGCCCGCUGGCUACAUCAGAAGCUACGGCAUGCUGGACAAAAGACAAUGUGGGCAGCUGCUAAAGCAUGGGGACUGCCCAUACAACUAUCUGAUAUCGUCCAGGCAUGCCAGGAUUGCGACGCUUGCUCCAAGAUGAGACCGAGAUCGUUGCCCGAAACAACAGCCCAUCUUGCUAGGGGACACAAUCCUCUCCAGCGAUGGCAGGUCGAUUACAUCGGGCCCCUUCCUCGUUCCGAAGGGGCAAGAUAUGCCCUGACCUGUGUCGACACUGCAAGUGGGCUACUGCAGGCCUAUCCAGUACCGAAAGCAAACCAGGCAUAUACGAUCAAGGCACUCACUAAACUGAUGUCUGCCUACGGGACACCUCAAGUCAUCGAGAGCGACCAAGGGACUCAUUUUACUGGUGCAACGAUACAGCGCUGGGCAGAAGAAAAUAACAUCGAAUGGCGAUUCCACCUGCCAUAUAAUCCAACAGGGGCAGGCCUCAUCGAACGUUAUAAUGGUAUUCUUAAGGCUGCCCUGAAGACAGACUCCCAGUCCUUGCAGGGGUGGACAAAAAGACUGUAUGAAACCCUGCGGGACCUGAAUGAAAGACCUCGAGAUGGCAGACCCAGUGCCCUGAGAAUGUUGCAGACGACAUGGGCCACCCCGCUUAGGAUCCAAAUUACGGGCACUGAUCAUCAGGUAAGACCCCAAAUUGGUAAUGAAAAUAAUCUUCUGCUCCCUGCCCCUGAAAACUUAGAGCCAGGUACCCAUAAAAUAAAAUGGCCCUGGAAGGUGCAGGUAGGACCCAAGUGGUGUGGCCUACUUGCACCUUGGGGGAGACUAUUGGAGGUGGGAGGCUCAGUAGUCCCUCCAGUAAUAGGUACAUGGCCUACUGAUAUUAUGGUCAACACUCCGAUCUUUAUUGCUAAAGGGACCCCCAUCAUGUCCCUAUGGCAGAUCAGGACACCUCCUUUGGUGCCUGAUAUCGUUAUGCAGCCGCAGAUAUCCGGCAAAAAGGUGUGGUACAGGCGGCCAGGACGUGCCCCAGUACAAGCGGAAGUGUUGACCCAAGACAGCAAUACGGCCUGUAUCUUGCCCUGGAGAGCAGACCUUCCCCUCCUGGUACCUGUAAAACAUCUGUAUUACUCCCCGUGAGUCUGUGAGCCUUCAGGACCACCGGAAGGAACAAAAUGCCAUCAAGCGUUCCAGUGUUGCUGUCAGAUCACGUACAACACCCGGUGAUGGUCUGCAUGGGACUGAUGGAACAUAGAAUGGACUUGCACCUCAGGACCUCAUGCCUCCAGGCACAUCAUCGAGCACUGGCCCAUAGAAGAGUAUGGACAUCCACUAAUCAUCACUUGUCUUGAACUGUACCAACAUACGUCGCGAUAAAAUUGUAUAAGCGUCGCGAUAUACCGGAUCUCUGUAUUAGGGAAAGCUUACCCUUUUGUUAACCUGAUCAUUGGUUCACGCCGUGAAGGGGUGGAGUGUAUGGGAACUGCUGAGUCACGGCCUGAACCUCUGAUUGAUCACCUGAGGUGAGCCAUGAGUCAGCCAGAGGAGCACAGGUGAAGGCAAUUCACCUGUGCUGCCGGAAGGGGUGGAGCCAGGCUCCACCCCUCCUGGACCUAUUUAAGAGCUGGCUACCAGAGGGGAAGGAUCUCUUCUGGAGAUCCUCCUCUUUGAUAUCUUCUAGUGAGCUCAACCCAAGGGUAAGCUCUUCUACCUAUUCUCUUUUGUGAUCCCUGUUUGCUGUGCCUUACUCUUUUGAUUAUAUUGUAAUUAUAACAUCUUGGUUAUACAUAUUGCAAUUAUAACAUCUUGGUUA